CCACGGCACAUGUCACAGCAACACUGGCCAUGAUACUUCCACAUUCUCAACAUGGACCCCACUGAACAAAACCCAGAGGACAACAGAGACCCAGAAGAUGCCGAAUUCAAUGACGCCGACAUAUCUACUGCGCCUUUUGCAGAGUUGCCCACUUUUGGACGCGGCUUGUGGAAACGGCCCAUAAAGUUUAUUUCACCCGCCCCGAUAUCACCAACACCAGUAGCCCCCAAAACAUCAUCAUUGGCGGAUGCGUAUCGAGCUAUCGUCUUUCCAUCAGGAAGACCAGAGCCCAAAUCCGAUGCCUAUCCGCUAUGUGGUGUCUGUGGCGGGCCUGUCACGGAGAGCAGCGAUCGGGCGCACUUUCUGUCCCAUAAACACCAAGCUGCCUUGCCACUUGCCCCGAUACCUUCCGGGAUCGAUCGUACACGCAUGGGUUUGAAGUACUUGGAAAAGUAUGGCUUUGACGUUGAUUCCCGAGUAGGGCUGGGCGCCAGCGGGCAGGGCAGGCUUUUCCCCAUAGUGCCAAAGGAGAAGCGCGACAAACUUGGUCUGGGCGUGAACAAGCGAUUACAAGUGGAGAAGAGGAGGAGGGACACUGCGUCUCCCACGAACGACAAACUCGAUGCUGGCAAAAUGCGGAAGCUAGCUGUGAAGGAGAAGCAGAAGCAUGAGCGACUGCAACGCAUGUUCUAUGGUGACGACAAAGUCGAGAGAUAUUUGAGCGGGAGGCCAGAUGUUGACCAUGGACUGAAGUGA